CGAUACUGUAAAUAAUGCAAGUUUUGAACCGAAGUUACGAUGUAUCAGCUCAUUUCCGGUAGAACAUUGUCUCUUAUUCUGUUUGUCCUAAACGGACUUUCCAUCUUGUUUGGAGUUGCUUUGAUAUCCUUCGGGGUGGUGUGUGUUAUUGAUCAUGGAAAUAUGUCUGAAAUUGUUGGAACUUCACUCUAUACAACAGGGGUGUACAUUAUUAUCCUCUUAGGACUUGUUAUCACAAUUGUAGCCUUGUGUGGUUACAUUGCUGCUGACAGAGAAAAUAUCUGCUUGAUUGUGUCUUAUAUAUUUAUUCUAUGUCUGCUCGUAUUACUCUUGUUGAUAUCAGGAAUAAUAGUUUUAUCGUUUAAAAGUUCACUUGGUGACUCAGCUAGGAGUGUAAUGUUGGCAUCGUUAAGGAAUCACUAUGGAAGACAUGGGAUAAUAACUGAUGCGUGGGACCUAGUUCAAAAGAGUCUACGUUGCUGUGGAGUUGAUAACAGUGGGUGGGGUGCGUAUAACGGAUCAUGGUGGGAUAUGAUUGUAAACUCGGAUUUAUACGAAACAAAUACUAAAUUAUCAGAGUCAAGUUUGUUUUACCUGUUUGUUCCGGCAUCUUGCUGUGUCAAGAAACUUGAUGGAUUGACUGGUUGGCCAACAGAAAUAUACCGUGAUAAAAGACGCUGUCAGACGUGGCAGUAUGGACCACCAAAUAGAAGCAGUGGACCUCACAAUGACGCUGUAUAUUACGCAGGGUGUUUCGAGAGUUUGAGGAGUUAUAUCAAUAAUUAUGCCCAGGCUAUCGGUGCCUUGGCACUGACCGCAUGCAUUAUCUUGAUAAGUGCUCUGAUCUGUGCACUGUUUUUGCUUCGCGAUGCUCAAAGAAAGCAAAGAAAAAUAAAUUGGAGAAACCAGACGUAACUUAUCUAGACCAGAAAUAUGGGCAACCGAUACACGUUGGAGCAAGAAUGAAGCUAUGAUUAUACUCUAUUUGGAAAAAAAAUUUAUCUGGAUAUCAAAAAGUUGUUAAAAUAUAUUUUUCUAAAAACUACCCUUCCUACUUGUUAUAAUCACUCGCAAAUAAAUUUUUUAACUUUG